AUGAAGGAUUAUAUUGUUGCUGCUGAGAAAUGCGAGACUCUUACAAACAAUAGAUUUGCUGCAUUGAUUGAGAAAGAUGUGGAUAAAGAUAAAGAAUUAAAUGAUGAAGAUGAUAUAGCCAUGAAAAGGAAUGAUGUUGUAAUAGUUGUUGAAGAUAAUCGUAGUGCUUUGGGCUCUCAAAUUAGUUUGGCCAAGGUCAAGUUAGCUAAGGAAUUGAAAUCCUUGGGGCCGGUUGAACUAGACCAUAAGAAGAAGAAAAAGGUUGGAAGGGGAGCAAGAAAAAGGGAGGCUUCCUUGUAUUUGAAAGAAGUUAUUAAGAAACAUGGAGUAUUUUUUGUUGGACUUAUGGAGACAAAGUUUUCUAUCAUCGAUAGAAAGGAGAUUGAUUAUCUUAUUGGUAGUGAGUGGGAGUUUUUUCACUAUCCUACUGUUGGUAUCUCUGGUGGAAUUCUUGUUCUUUGGAAUAGCAAGAUGGUGUCUUUUGAUGUUAUAGAAUCUACUUCUCAGGAUUUGUGGGACCAUGAUUCACUUGGUGUAACAACAAGGAGGGGACUUCUCGUAUCUGGGAGAGUUACUAGAUAUCUUAUGAGAUUGGCUUCGGAUCACUGUCCAAUAGUUAUUAAGAAGGAUGAGAAGGUGCAGUUCAAGUCUAAGAAUAUUAGAUUUGAAGAUACUUGGAGGUCAUAUCCAGCAUCCAAGAGUAUUGUUUUUCAUUCUUGGAACAAGAAGGACUUGGGAGAUGAAUCUGUGAUCCUUCAAAGGAAGCUUAGUCGCACUCUUAAAGCUUUAUUUUUUUGGAAUAAGAACAAAUACAGGGAAUUAAAUUCGUUGAAGGAGAAGUUGAAAAAAGAAAUACUUGAACUUCAAAAAAAGGAAGCAUUGGGAAUAAAUUGGGAUUGUAAAGUUUUGGAUUGGCCUUCAGUUUUUGAAUCACAUAAAAUUUCUGAUGAAGAGGUGAUGAUUCUAAAUGCAGAAUUUUAUGUUUUGGAGUUACAAAACUCUGUUUUUCAGCAAGGCAAUAACAAAUCUCCUGGGCUAGAUGGGGUUACUUACUCAUUCUACGAAAGCUAUUGGAGCAUUGUAUGGGAUACUCUUUGGAAGGCUGUUAAUAGCUUUUUUAAAUCCUGUCAUAUGCAUAAUGAGUGGAAGAAUACUUUGAUUAUUAUGAUUUCUAAAAUUAAAAAUCCUAUGACUCCAUCUAAUUAUAGGCCUAUUAGCCUUUGUCAAACCAACUAUAAGAUUGUGGCUACAAUGCUUGUUAAUAGAUUGAAGAAGGUUAUUUCAAAGUUGAUUUUAGAAGAACAAGUGGCAUUCAUUCAUGGUAGAUCUAUUGCAGAUCAUUGUCUUUUGGCUCAAGAGGUAUUUCACAAAUUCAAAAUCUCCAAGAAUAAGAAGGGUUUGAUGGCCAUUAAACUUGACAUGGAGCAAGCUUAUGAUAGUAUGGGAUGGACUUCUCUUCGGUAUGUUGUUGAUUGGUAUGGUUUUCCUAUUGCUUUUUAUAAACUUCUUAUAGAAUGUGUGGUAGAUGUUAGUUUUUCUAUAAUUAUCAAUGGGAAGAAUUCUAGUUGGAUUGAUGCUCAUAGUGGGUUCCGUCAAGGAUGCCCAUUAUCACCAUACUUUUUCAUCCUAUGUGCUCAACUCUUAUCAAAUUAUAUUAUGCAAAGGGGACAAAAGCUUGGUAUACAAAUUUCUCCUAGAGGUCCUGUUGUUACACAUCUAUUGUACGCAGAUGAUGUUUUGAUCUUCUCUAAUGCAAAUGUGGAAUUAGCAAAGAAUUUGAAGAAUAUUGUGGAAGAUUUUUGCAGGUGGACUGGGCAAAAAGUAAAUGUUAACAAAUCUCAAAUGAUAUUUGGGAAGGUUGUUAAAUAUUCUAUCAAGAAAAAGAUUGCUAAAGUUCUUGGUUUUAGAUUUGUUAAAGAAAUGAAGUAUUUGGGAGUUAAGAUAGCUCUUAAUAGAGUUAAAAUGGCUGAUUUUCAAGAAAUUCUGUGCAAUGUGAUGGACAAACUCAAUGCUUGGAGUAAGAAGUCCCUCUCUUUAGCUGGGAAGUUGAUUCUUAUAGAUAGCUCUUUGUUAUCUAUGCCUAAUUAUUUAGUAACUCAUUCUAUGGUACCCAAGAGGGUUUUAUAUGUGUUAGAGAAACUUUGUAGAAGUUUUCUUUGGCAUAAAAAUGAGGAAAGUAAAAGUAUGCACUAUGUGGCGUGGAAGGAUAUUUGUAAACCAAGAUGCUUUGGAGGUUUGGGAGUACAUUCCCCACUUGAUAGAAUUGGUUCACUUCGAUCCAAGUUGGCUUGUAACUUUAUUCAGAAGCCACAAUCUUUGUUUAAUCAUGUUAUGGUAGAAAGAUAUGGAAAUGAUGUGAUGAAUGGUGCUCAAAGGAAAAUCACUUCAGCAGCUUGGAAAAUUCUAGUUGAUGGUGGUAAAUGCUUGAAGAUGGUUGUUCGGUGGAGAAUAGGGAAGGGUGAUAAGGUUAAUGUUCUAAAUGAUACAUGGAUACUUGAUAGCUGUUUUAACAGUCAAGUUCAUAUUGAUUUUGAAGGUGAGGACCAGUUGGAAUUGAUGAAGAAAUGCUCGGGGAAAACUGUUUCAGCAUUGGUGUAUGAGCAUAUUCUUAUUAACAAAUUCAAUAUGGAGGAUACAGAUUAUUUUUCUUGGCUACAGAAAUUGAAGCUUAAGAAAAAGUUAGAAGUUUUUUGGUGGAGAUUGUGGAAGGCAUCCAUUCCAACUAAUCUUUUCUUGAAGAACCGUAAUAUUGCAAAUGAUGAUUUGUGUCCUAGAGGUUGUAAUGUAAGUGAAACUUAUGAGCAUAUAAUGGUGCAUUGCAAACAUAUGACUGAUGUUAUAGCAAGAAUGGUUGAAUGGGGUAUUCCUAUCCCAAAUAGGAAAAAUGUGAAACAUGGGAAGGGUGCAUUACCUAGUUCAGUGGUUGCUUCUAAUUCUAUGUUCACAGCCAUUUCAAAUUCUGGUCCUCAUCUUUCUUGCUGGGGUGCUAAUCUCCUAAGGGAGUCUCAAAGCACUUGGUGCCCUCCACCGAAAGACUGGAUCAAGAUCAAUGUUGAUGCUUCUUUGUUUAAAUCUAAUGUGGCUGGAAUUGGUGGGAUCUUAAGAGAUCACAAAGGCAGGUUUAUAAGUGCUUUUGGAAAGAAGGGAUGUCAUUGGGAUAUUGCUCAAUUGGAACUUGAAGCUAUGUUCUCGGUUAGGGAAUUUCUUAAAAGCUGGAUGCUGGAAUGCAAAGGAUUAAUCAUUGAAAGUGAUAGUGCCAAUGUGAUCAAAUUCAUUCAAGAUUCAUUGAAGAAGAAUGAACGGUACGUUGAUAGAUGGCCUAAUAUUGAUUUGUGCUUUCUUAAUGAUUUCAAUAAAGUUGUUUUCCUCCAUGCUAAUAGAAGAUGUAAUAAAGUAGCUAAUUGUUGUGCUACUUUAGCAUUGGAGAAGAGUUUCUUUUUUGAUAGUGUUGCUUUUGAUCACAUCCCUUCCUUGUUGUCUAGUUUAAUCAAAGAAGAAUGUGAUCCUCUUAUUACUUGUGCUUACUAG